AGAGAGAGAGAGACAGACAGAGCAGAGACACAGACUAUGAUUGGAUGUCACUGAUUGUGUAAAAGACUAAAGCGGCUUGUGAAUUUUCUUAGUUGUCAUGGGCCCUUGGGGGUUGAUCGAGUGGCUCCGCGGAUUCUCAGAAAUGGACUCAUGAAGAGGCAACAACAGGAAGACGCAUGUGACAAGAAGUAGCUCAGGACAACAAGGCUUUUAUAAGCACAGGAAGGCAGGGAGCGAGGAGCACACAGGGAGCCUCUUCAGCGUCUUCCCGCAUCCGAGAGAGCCAACGAGACGACCCGUUUACCCAUUCAUCCACCCAUCAAUCAUCGUCCGUCCAACGGCUGAAGAAAGGACGAGGGAAAUGAAGAGACCUCACGACUACAGCUCCCCGGACUCAGACACCGACGAGUUCAUCGAUGUGGGACAAGAAGACAGCUUCUGCCCGGUCACCGGGUCCAUGUCCCCGGGCAGUGCCUCGCAGAUUCUGGCACGAAAGAAGCGACGAGGGAUUAUAGAGAAGAGGCGCAGGGAUCGGAUCAACCACAGCCUGUCGGAGCUGCGCAGGCUGGUGCCUAGUGCUUUUGAGAAACAGGGUUCAUCUAAACUGGAGAAGGCAGAGAUCCUGCAGAUGACUGUGGACCAUCUGAAACUGCUGCAUGCCAUGGGAGGGAAAGGGUACUUUGAUGCAUGCGCUCUGGCAGUGGACUACAGAACCCUGGGCUUCAGGGAAUGUGUUGGGGAGGUGGUACGGUACCUGAGCUCACUGGAGGGAGACUCACCAGACCCCAUCGGAGCUCGCCUUGUUUCCCACCUCUCCCACUGUGCAAGUGAGCUUGACCCCGUCCUCCUGCAGUCCCCCCCUGCCUCCGCUCUGCCCUUCCCUCCUUGGCCGUGGGCCUCCUUCCCUCAGCUCGCCCCCUCGUCGCCCGCCCCCUCCUCUGCUUCCUUCCCCGCCGGGCGAAGGGAACUCGCCCUGCUAGGGAGCUACCCGUCGCCCACCUCUCUUCGGCUCGCGCCCCUGGCCGGCUGCCAGCAGGGCGCCACCCCGCUCCUCGCCCCAACAGCUCUGGCCCCCGUCCACAGGGUCACCUCCCUCACAGCAUCUCCAGCCUUGGCCCCCUCCAGAGCGAGCCAAACGUCCCCCCACAGCACCACCAGCGCCUCGCCACUACCUCUCCCCACCCCUUCGUCUUCUUCCAGCUCCUCUUCCACUUCAUCUUCCGCCGCCCCACAAGUCUCCUUCCGGCCCUUCGCACCUCUGGGGUCUUCCACCUCACAGCGCAGGAGCUCAAGCGGAUCGACCAAGGCGGUCUCGGGUUGGGGGACGGAGAUCGGAGCUUUUUGAGGCUCAGCUCUAACAAACAAACUCCAUACAGUGGGCCUCCCAUGUAGCAACUAUGAUACUUUUGAACAUUGUCUCUUCAAAGGGACUCUAAAAGCCAUAUCAGAAGCUGUGUGAAGUUUUAGUUUAUUGCAACCAUAUAUGAUGGAAUAAUGAAGGAAUGUGAAAGACUGGUUUAAUAAAAUUCAUGUUCUUUGUCUGACAAAUACACAGUGUUCACAGAGCCAUAUAUGCAGUGUUAUGCUCGCCACGCUGAAGGUUGAGUCUUUACUGAUCUUUGAGCUGUGAUAUUUCUUUUUUUUUUUUUUUUGUUUAAAACAUUUAUGCAUUUGAUUAAGUUCUCUUUGUAAAGAAUGUUUGACAAAACUGCUAUAAAGAUGAAGUGCCUUUACCUUU